ACCACUGUCACUAACGGUUUUAAUCGGCUUUGAAGCUGCCCAGUGGCUAGGAAGCUAGCUGAUUGCUCGUCGGGACGUCGGUUCACAGCCAACGUCUUCUGGGCUGGGCUGCCGUGUAACACUGAGUUCCCCGGAUUGUGGAACGUAAACUGCGUGUCUCCCAGGGCUUGAAAUUCGGUCUGGGGCUCUCGUCUCCCGCGGGUUCUUUGCGCCACCAAGAUAAUCAGCAUCGCGCAGGUGUAUCUACCAAUCUUUUGAUUCGUGCCACAACAGCAUAAGCGCUCCUAGAUCGCAAGUCGCAACUCCAGGACCGGGUCGUCAUACUUGAUGGAACAUGACCUCCAUUCUCCCAGCACCGUCCAGCGACUUCAAACCAGUAUUGUCGGUUGCGCGACACAAAACCAUUAUGAAUCAGGUGCAAGAGCCGUCUUCGCCGCAGACCAUCAAGCAAGAGCCUGAUAUCGAGCGAGGGCGACCUCGAAGCCGCUCACGCGAGAAGGACUCGAGAAUGUCGAGCGACGAUCAUGACAGAGAUGCGGACGGAGAUGUUGACGUAAAGAAUGACAACUCGUCCAACUCAGAUGGCGGUCCCACGAGGAAACGAAGGAGGAGCCGCAAAGGCCUGGACAAGAAGUUUGAGUGCCCGAAUGAAGGUUGCGGUAAAAGCUACUCAAGGGCCGAACAUCUAUACCGGCAUCAACUGAACCACAACCCCAAGAAUAUAUACAAAUGCCACCUCUGUAACCGCACGUUCGUCCGACAGGAUCUUUGCAAUCGCCAUAAAGAUCGCCAUACAGCCAAGGGUUCGACCCUCAGCCGCAAAGAUUCCAUAAGCAGCCAUACCAUGAGCAAUGUUGACAGCCCACGGGCGUCGUAUUCGGGAACUGCGCCGCCGGGCUCAACUUCACCAGAGGCCAACCGGUCAGGCGCAGGAUAUAGUAAAUACCAUAAUAACCAUUUGCAGUACCAAUCUCCCAAAGAUGUCAACGGCAGCCCCUACACUCCCAUCACAGCGACACCCCCGGCAGGCUUCCCGCAUUCUGCACCACCGAAUGGCAUAGAGGGCUAUAUGCAUCAGGAGACACGGUAUCCCAACGGCUCUGGUCCUCGGCAUUCCCAGCAGUCGCCGUCUAGACCACCGCACCCAACGGCUCAGACAAAUGUGGCGCCUUACGGAGUCCUGUCGCCUGUAUCGACUCAGCACGGCAGCUAUCAUAGUCAGCCGACCAACACGCCUCAGUCCACGACAACGCUGCCAUAUGUUUCCCAACAGAACUUCCCACCAUUCACGCUACCGCCCUCUGAGUUUGCUAUUACCUCUCCCGCUAACUCGGCUGGCGUCUCAAGGGAAUCCGGCCAACAACAAACCUACGCUCCCGCUGCCUCUGGCGAGUAUAAUGAUCAGCCGCAGCCACAAGCUUCUGGUGAAAUGAUGCUUCUAGAUCAGAUGGGGGCUCAGACCACCAUACCAGUUUUUGGUAGUGAUGGUGUCCUCAAUAAGUCCCCGUAUAUAUCGAUCCCAGAGGACUUUGUCGCCUUCCUGUUCAAUACUACGGACCCGAACAGCUCACCUACCAUGGGCCACAUGAUGCCACAGGGUCAAUACUCCCACUAUGGUGAUUAUCAGUCUCAGUACAGCAUGCCGUACUAUGGCACGGACGGUGUAGCUCUUGGGUACUUCCCACCAUCAAAUCAGCCACAAAAGGUCAUGUCAGUCACGAACCUGCUUGACCAGCACCUUCCCGAGUCUCUCCUUUCCGAGGAGAAAAGCCAGGAAAUUUUUGACUUUAUCAAAGAGCGGUUUCACGAAAAUGAUCAUGCUCCGGUCAAGCGCCAGAGGGACAACAUCCUUGAAGGUGAUAGGAGCGAUGAGAACCAUCUCUUGAGUCGCAAGAUGAUGCAGGCUUAUAUCGGCUCUUACUGGCUUCAUUUCAGCGAUCAAGUACCAAUCUUGCACAAGCCGACAUUCUCCCCCGACAAAACACCCAAUCUGCAACUAAUCGCCCUGAUGGCCAUCGGUGCAUCCUGCCACGAUCGGUCCCACGGCCAGAAGGUAACAAGAGCUGGCGCAAACCUCUCCGAUUUUCUGGCGUGGCAUCUCAGAUGGGAGAUCUUUAUGGACUUCAAUUUUCGGCCACCUGCCAAGCUGUGGAUCUUCCAAACGUUGCUGCUGCUCGAGGUCUAUGAGAAGAUGUACUCGACCAGGGAGCUGCACGAACGUGCUCACAUCCAUCAUGCGACAACCAUCACGCUAAUGCGCAGAGGCCGGUCAUUGAUCGGCAAAUCGGCUCUGGAUUCGCCGCCGAAUCCACGGGACGACAAGCAGGGUAUGAAUGGAUCGCGACACUCGUCGACGUCGGGUCUUGCGCAUACCCCGGACGAGUGGUGGAACCACUGGAUCACCAAUGAGACCACUAGGCGUGCAGCAUUCGCGGCCUUCCUCAUCGACUCGACACAUGCCACAAUGUUUGGUCAUUCAACGGUCAUGGUAGCCCACGAAAUGCGACUUCCCCUACCGUGCGAUGAGCAACUCUGGAAAGCCUCGAGCGGCGCUGAGGUCGGUCGGAUUGAGGCCAAUCUAAUGUCUAAUGGAAUCAAGCCCGUCUCAUUCCUCGAGGGGCUGAAGCGGACACUUGCAGGACAGGAAGUGCAAACCAACUCAUUUGGACGACAAAUACUGAUGGCCGGCUUAUUGAGCGUCAGUUGGCAUAUGAACCAACGAGAUCUACAAGUGAGCUCAUUGGGCGGUGGUAUGUCGCAGGCCUUGGGUGGUCGCGACAAAUGGCGUUCAACCCUGACUAGGGCCUUCGAUUCAUGGAAGACAGAUUUUGACAAGUCUUUGCAACGCGCCGAACCCAUGACGGACCCGUAUAGCUACGAAAAACGUAUAGAGGACUCUGUCGUUUUCGAGAGCCGGAAUGUGCUGCACCAUUUGGCGCACAUGGCCAUGCAUGUGGAUAUUGUCGAUUGCCAAAUCUUCGCUCGUGCCAAGCGCCUCCUGGGUCGUGCCAUUGGUACGCAAGAUCUCAAUAGUGCGCAGAGGAGAAUGAAGGACAAUUGGGCACCAUCUGCGAAGGCCCGGGAUGCGACAUUCUAUGCGCUCAAAUUCCUAUCCUCGGUACUGUUGACCGAGGAGACGGGAUCGCCUGGUUCGGAUGGCUACAGCCAAACGGGGGUCCCGUAUUCGGCAAGAGAUGACGUUUUACUAAAUCGCCCGUGGGUUCUUUACUUUGCCGCUCUGGUUGUUUGGUGCUACGGCUUCGCUCUGGAGGGACCAUCCGGUGCUCAAGUACCGAUACCCACAAGCGACCACGAGAAGAUUGACCAGAUGAGGGAAUAUCUUCAGAAACUUGGGUCAGUGCCGUCGCCCGGAGACCUGAAGCUUGUUAAGGGAGUCAACAACAACAGUGCAAUGCUCAUGGUGCUAAAGGACUCGUUUGAGUCCACUCGUUGGGAACUCCUACAUGAAGGUGCAGCUUUGUUAACCAACUGCAUCCAGCUCAACAGUGGCGCUACAGUGGUGUGAUAUCCGUCACACUCACAGUUACCAGGUUAGAUCCCCGUCAAAUACGAAAUCCGGGGUGAACAGAUGGAUGAAUUAUGAAAAAGGGCGGGGGUAACGAUACUAAAAGUUUCCUGUGGGCAAGAAAUUAUACCGAUCAGCAGCUAUAUUUACCAUGUAACUGCAUCCUUAUCUCGCUAUAUCCCCACGAGGCUGCCAUCCAGAUUCCAGAAGCGUCUCUUUUAUGCAUGUAUGGUUUUACUUACAAAAUUUUCGGCUUGACGAGGAGAGGGGUACAAGGCAGGCAGGCAAGGAUUGUAGUAUUUAGGGACCAUAGGGGGCAACCCAGGAUUGGUCCCCACACGCAUCUUUGUAGUACCAAUACAGGCCCUUGUGAUUGGAAUCCGACAACAAUACUCUCCUAUCUGUAUAUUGAGUCUAUUUGUGA